AUGAAUCAAUCAGAGCCCCUCGAUUUAUCAACGAAAAAGUCAAAUCUGAAAAUCGUCGAUUUCAAAUUCUUAUGCGGUCUCAACGACCACUUGAUAAAGUUGUACGAAAGUACGAAUAAAUUGGAUAAGGCAGUGUGCAUGAAACCUAAGAGUGUGCUGCCUUGUGAAGUGUGCUUCAAGACGUUUGAUAGACCUUCGCUGCUGAAGAGGCAUAUGCGUACUCAUACGGAUUUGGGUGUAAAUAGAAUUAAAAUACGAUUAAUUUAUGUAUUUAUUUCAGGAGAGAAGCCCCACGUGUGCAACAUUUGCGGCAAAGGUUUCAGCACAUCCAGCUCUCUUAACACUCACAGAAGAAUUCACACCGGUGAAAAGCCACAUAAGUGUCCGGAAUGCGGUAAAUGCUUCACAGCGAGUUCCAAUCUUUACUACCAUCGAAUGACACACACAAAGAACAAGCCCCACAAAUGCAUAUGGUGUCCCCGUUCGUUCCCCACGCCGGGAGAGCUGCGAGCACAUUUGCAGUCCCAUAGCGGGGUCAAAAGUGUAGCGCAGUGGCCCUUUGCGAAGUUACAGGACUUUCGAACGGGUUAUAAGAAAUAA